GCUGAGCGCCAAAGCCGACCAACCUUUCAGCUCCUGAAUAAAUACCGCGUCAUUUCCUUCCUUCUCUGUAUAUUUUUAUCGCACUUGGAGGGAAGCCACUAUGUCUGAACGGCGAACCAGGCGGCAGGCCGCUUUAGCGGCAGCAACAGCAGCAGCAGCAGCAGCAACACCCACAGCUAACGAGGUUAACGACACUAUUACCAACAUCAGUCAGCACGAAACUACUAUUAACGGCAACGACAAUGCUAAUAAUAUCAACAAAGUCGGCAGUAAUGGCAACGCCGUUGCAUCAUUAGAUCCUAAGGUCGAGAACUAUCCCAAUGAAAAUAUAUUUCUAUUUUGGCCCAAUAUUAUAGGCUACUCUCGUAUCGUCCUAGCUAUCGCAUCCCUCUACUACAUGCCCCUCCACCCGCGGACAUGUUCUAUACUUUAUAGUAUCUCGUGCCUCCUCGACGCCCUCGAUGGCUAUGCGGCCCGUUAUUUUGAGCAAUCCACAAAGUUCGGCGCUGUUCUGGACAUGGUAACAGAUCGAUGCACUACCUCGUGCUUGCUCGUCUUCCUAUCCUCCGCCUUCCCGCGAUGGGCGAUCGUAUUCCAAGGGUUGAUUACGAUAGACUUCGCAAGUCACUAUAUGCACAUGUACGCCACGUUGGCUAUGGGUGGUUCGGGGACCAGCCAUAAGAACGUAGACAAAUCGCGAAGUUGGCUACUAAAUCUUUACUAUACCAACAAGGUCGUUCUCUUCAUUUGCUGCGCCCUUAACGAAAUAUUCUUUAUUGCUUUGUAUCUACUAUCUUUCUCCUCGCCGCUUUUGUCGCCACAGCUCCUCGAACCCCUCGGCGAGUCGAAAGCCGCUGCUAUCCAGACUGGGGCACAAGUCAACAGUUCAGUCCUUCGACAGCUGUUCACUAACCCUUAUAGCGCUGGUGCCCUAGAGAUGGCCCGCGCAAACAAGAUGGAUUCGACUUUCCCUUGGAUCCUUGCUGGAAUUAGCGCCCCCAUCAUGGCAUUGAAGCAAUUCCUAAAUAUCCUUCAGCUCGUCAAAGCGAGCAGGUGGCUAGCUGAAGGUGACGUAAAGUCGAGGAGAGCAGCUGGUUUGCCGAGACAAAAGGGCGGGAAGCGUGCUUAAAGAAAGCAUAUGUAUUUCUUAGGCAGGAGGAUGACAGAUCCGCAAUCGCAAUCGGAUAGCUGUGUAGAAUAACACAAGUCUGAACGCAGUGAAGCCAUGGUGAUAGUGUGUACGAGGUAUCUCUAUUUCAUUAAUGGAGCGUUAGGUAUCAGGGAGCCGGUACGUUUCUUAUUCAACGGCUGCAUAGGAUCGGACAUGGAAAGCAUGGAAAAGGAUCUGACUUGAUAACCGGGUAUGUUCGUCGCAAGUCGAUUAGGAGGGCUAAUCAGGGUAAAUUAGGUGCAUGUCCACAGGACACCAAGGGGUUCGUCUUCGUUGUAAAUAUAUAACCCUUAAUGAUGAGUUUUCAUUAAACUCACGUGUAGUACCUAUAGAGAGCAAUCGACAGGUGUGACAUUUUGAACCUAUCGUUUAACGAUUGGAAAUAUACUUAAUAUAAGAGAGUUGAUUUUACACACCGAGCUGUAAUGCCUGUU